AUGCUGUGUGUUCUUGUGUCUAUGAUUACCGCCAGUGUCGUUUUGGCAGACACUACUCCCCAGGAGAGCAAAGGCGCCUGUGCCUUGCAGACGAAGAUGAAGAAGGAAGAAUCAGCAAAGGUCAUGUGCAGCGCGCAUGAGGUCAUGUGCCCUGAUCCCACGACCGGGACCAACAGCUGCCACCCGAUGAGCACGGGCUGCCCAGUCACAUGUGCAGCAGGUGAACAGGUGUGCCAUGUUCCAGCGACGUGCGAUACUUGCAGUGGCUACAGCUACUGCUCGUCCUACAGCUGUCCCGUCUAUUGCAGCAGUGACCAAGUGAUGUGCCACGACCCCACAACAAUGACGGACAGCUGCCACCCAAAGAGCGCAGGCUGCCCAGUUACAUGUUCUGCAGGGGACAAUGUGUGCCACACGCCACCAUCUUGCGAGACUUGUGAUGGCUACAACUGGUGCUCUUCACACCCUUGCCCAGUAUACUGUGCCGCUCACGAAGUCAUGUGCCAUGACCCCAUGACCAUGACGGACAGCUGCCACAACAAAACCGCAGGCUGCCCAGUCACAUGUCCUGCAGGAGAUCAUGUGUGCCAUAGCCCGCCUCCCUGCGAGAAUUGUGAUGGCUACAACUGGUGCUCUGCAUACGCUUGCCCGGUGUACUGUGCGUCCGACGAAGUAAUGUGCCACGACUCCACGACCAUGACCGACAGCUGCCACCCGAUGAGCACAGGCUGCCCAGUCACAUGUGCGGCAGGUGAGCAAGUCUGCCAUGUUCCAGCGACGUGCGAUACUUGCAGUGGCUACAGCUACUGCUCGUCGUACAGUUGUCCCGUCUAUUGCAGCAGUGACGAAGUGAUGUGCCACGACCCGACAACAAUGACGGACAGCUGCCACAACAAAACCGCAGGCUGCCCAGUUACAUGUCCUGCAGGGGACAACGUGUGCCACACGCCACCAUCUUGCGAGACUUGCGAUGGCUACAACUGGUGCUCUUCACACCCUUGCCCGGUAUACUGUGCGUCCGACGAAGUAAUGUGCCACGACUCCACGACCAUGACCGACAGCUGCCACUCGAUGAGUACCGGCUGCCCAGUCACAUGUGCAGCAGGUGAACAGGUGUGCCAUGUUCCUGCGACGUGCGAUACUUGCAGUGGCUACAGCUACUGCUCGUCCUACAGCUGUCCCGUCUAUUGCAGCAGUGACCAAGUGAUGUGCCACGACCCCACAACAAUGACGGACAGCUGCCACCCAAAGAGCGCAGGCUGCCCAGUCACGUGUCCGGCAGGGGAUCAUGUGUGCCAUAGCCCGCCUCCAUGCGAGAAUUGUGAUGGCUACAACUGGUGCGCUUCAUACCCUUGCCCGGUAUACUGUGCAGCCGACGAAAUAGUGUGCCAUGACCCCAUGACCAUGACGGACACCUGCCACCCAAUGAGCAGUGGCUGUCCAGUGUGA